CAAAUUCGAUUUAUGACUUGGACGAACUCCGUAAUUCACGAAUUCCCGCAUAAUAAAGAAAAGAUAUUUUCAUGUCCAUUUGAUUUUCUGCCUGUUCAUUUGUAUUUACCUACUGAUUGCAGGGGCUUGUUAAAAAAAAAAAAAAAAAAAAAAACAGAGAGACAAAAAAUUUAGUAAAACACAAUAGAGAUAUAGGGUAGCUGGCGCACUCAUAUUAUCUCCGAUGUUUCUCGGUAGCAACCAUCGUAAAAUUAACAAGUGCAAGAGAAAAUGUAAACUUUUUGGCAGAGUUGCAUGAGUUGUGAGAAAGAAUCAUGAUUUGAAAGGAAACGAAGUGUGAGUGGUCGAGAUUUGAGUUCAUCCAUCCUCUUUCAUUCUCACCUUCUGGAAAAUAUAUUGAGGGCUACAGCCUACAGCCUACAGCCAGCCGAAGAACAUUCCAAGCGCAACACAAACACUCCUUCUACCGUUGAUCGCUCCAACUCAGACCAGCAAGCAGCUAAAAGAAAAUCCAAAUUGUACCGAAAACGUUAACAACUAUAACCCUUGAAAAAAGACGCCGUCAUGCGCCGAGGCGUCGAUAACCAAGCAUAUUAUGUAUUGGGUCAUAAGACUCCCAACAUUGGUGAUCUAUACACUCUUGGCCGCAUAUUAGGACAGGGACAAUUUGGCACCACUUAUUUAUGCACCGACAAUUCCACCUCCAUUGAAUAUGCAUGCAAAUCCAUCUCCAAGAGGAAGUUGAUUUCCAAUGAGGAUGUAGAGGACGUUCGGAGGGAAAUUCAGAUAAUGCACCAUUUAGCAGGUUACAAGAACAUCGUCACCAUCAAGGGUGCUUAUGAGGAUCCACUCUAUGUCCAUAUUGUCAUGGAACUUUGUUCUGGAGGUGAGUUGUUUGAUCGCAUCAUCCAGAGGGGCCACUACACCGAGAGGAAGGCUGCAGAAUUGACCAAAAUUAUUGUUGGUGUUGUUGAGGCAUGCCAUUCCCUUGGGGUUAUGCAUAGAGAUCUCAAACCCGAAAACUUUUUGUUGGUCAAUAAAGAUUAUGAUUUCUCUCUUAAAGCAAUUGACUUUGGCCUUUCUGUUUUCUUCAAACCAGGGCAAGUUUUCACUGAUGUGGUUGGCAGCCCGUACUAUGUAGCUCCUGAGGUUCUCCUCAAGCAUUAUGGGCCUGAAGCAGAUGUAUGGACAGCGGGGGUCAUACUGUACAUAUUGCUUAGUGGUGUGCCACCAUUUUGGGCAGAAACCCAGCAGGGUAUAUUUGAUGCAGUAUUGAAGGGACAUAUAGAUUUUGAAUCAGAUCCAUGGCCGCUAAUAUCUGAGAGUGCAAAAGAUCUGAUUAGAAAGAUGCUAUGUUCUUGGCCUUCAGAACGGUUGACUGCUCAUGAAGUGUUAUGUCAUCCUUGGAUAUGUGAAAAUGGAGUUGCCCCAGACCGAGCACUGGAUCGUGCUGUUCUCUCUCGUCUCAAACAGUUCUCUGCGAUGAAUAAGCUAAAGAAGAUGGCUUUGCGGGUAAUUGCUGAAAGUCUGUCUGAAGAGGAGAUUGCUGGUUUGAGAGAAAUGUUUAAGGCGAUGGAUACUGAUAACAGUGGUGCAAUCACUUUCGACGAACUCAAAGCUGGUUUAAGAAGAUAUGGGUCUACCCUUAAGGAUACAGAAAUACGUAAUCUUAUGGAAGCGGCUGAUGUGGACAACAGUGGAACUAUAGAUUAUGGGGAGUUUAUUGCCGCAACAGUUCAUCUUAACAAACUAGAGCGUGAGGAACAUCUUAUUGCAGCAUUCCGAUAUUUUGACAAGGAUGGGAGUGGUUAUAUUACGGUUGAUGAACUUCAACACGCCUGUGCAGAACAUAAAAUGACUGAUGUUUUUCUUGAAGAUAUUAUUAGGGAAGUGGAUCAAGAUAAUGAUGGAAGGAUAGACUACGGUGAAUUUGUUGCCAUGAUGCAGAAAGGCAAUGCUGGAAUCGGAAGGAGGACUAUGCGCAAUAGUCUCAAUUUGAGUAUGAGAGAUGCACCAAGUGCUCAUUAGCUUUCGAUUGUGCUCAUUCUGUACAGUUACUUUUGGCUUCAGGUAAAAUUGAACUUUAUUCCCUCAAAUUUGGUUGUGUCAAUGUUCCUCAACAUUUGAUUGGACGAAUCAACGCCUUGAAUUUUCAAGAUGGUUUAAAUGACUCCAUCUCUGUUAUUAAGGGCUCAUAUUUAAUAAGAUAUUACAUUGUCAUUUGUUUGAGGCACAUAAGGCCAAUAUUACUGAUUUUGUCUCGCUU